CAACAACAACAGCCUCAACAACAACCUCAGCAGCAGCAGCAGCAACAGCAUAAAUCACAAACGCCGCUGCGUAAACCAUUCCUAACUUAUGUAAACCUAUCCAACUGUAGCAUCAUUGAGGACGAAAUGUGUCCAUUGAGCUUCUCAGCGAUGCGGCAUCGGGAAGCAAUUGUGCAAUGGGCCUACCAUCGUCACGCGUGGCGCAUUCGGGAGCGCAUGAAAACGGCCAGUGUUGCGCUCGUCCUCUGCCUGAACAUUGGCGUCGAUCCGCCCGAUGUGGUCAAGAUACAGCCAUGCUCGAGACUGGAGUGUUGGAUCGAUCCCAGUUCGGUGUCGGCACCCAAAGCGAUGGAGCAAAUCGGUAGCAAUCUUCAAAUGCAAUAUGAACGGUGGCAGCCGCGUGCACGCUACAAGAAGUGUCACGAUCCAACCGUUGAGGAUGUAAAGAAAUUGUGCACCUCGUUGCGUCGCAAUGCGAAAGGUGAACGGAUCCUGUUCCACUAUAAUGGCCAUGGGGUGCCCAAGCCGACGGCAAAUGGUGAAAUCUGGGUAUUCAAUAAGACCUUCACACAAUACAUACCGUUGAGCAUCUUUGAGCUAAUCAAUUGGAUGGCGGCACCAUCGAUCUACGUUUAUGAUUGCUCCAAUGCGGGCAUCAUCAUCAACUCGUUUCAGCCCUUCGCCGAGCAGCAUGAACACGAACUAGAGAAGGCACUGGCCGCUCAAGCAUUGGCCGGUACACAGCUGGCCUCUCAGCUCGUUAGCUAUAAGAAUUGUAUACAUUUGGCUGCAUGUGCCGCAAAUGAGAUAUUACCAAUGAAUGCACAACUGCCUGCAGAUCUAUUCACCAGCUGUUUGACGACACCAAUUAAUAUUGCCCUCAAGUGGUAUGCGAUGCAGGAAAAACUGGGCAUGGUGCCGCGCAUCCAAAGCGAAUUGAUUGACAAGAUACCCGGCAAGGUGAACGAUCGUCGCACCAUGAUGGGUGAGCUCAAUUGGAUAUUUACGGCCAUUACGGAUACGAUUGCAUGGAAUACGCUGCCGCGUGAGCUGUUUCAGCGUCUGUUCCGUCAAGAUCUGCUCGUUGCCAGCCUGUUUCGCAAUUUCCUGUUGGCGGAACGCAUACUGCGUAGUCACGAUUGUACACCAGUCUCGUUACCGGCACUUCCACCCUGCCAUCGUCAUGCCAUGUGGAAGGCCUGGGAUCUGGUUGUGGAUCUGGCGUUGCAACAGCUGCCCGACAUUUUGGAACAGCAGGCGGCAUAUCGUCAAUUGCCCUUCUUUGAGCAUCAGUUGACCGCGUUUCAGGUGUGGCUGGACAGUGAAUCAGAGUCGCGUACACCGCCCGAACAGUUGCCGAUUGUGUUGCAGGUGUUGCUCUCCCAGGUGCAUCGAUUGCGUGCCUUGGAGUUGCUGGCACGCUUCCUGGACUUGGGACCGUGGGCGGUCAAUUUGGCAUUGGGUGUCGGCAUCUUUCCCUAUGUGCUGAAAUUGUUGCAGAGUUCGACGCGUGAACUGCGCCCCGUAUUGGUGUUCAUUUGGGCCAAGAUACUGGCCGUCGAUCCCAGCUGCCAGGUGGAUCUGGUCAAGGAGUAUAAAUACUUUUUGACCGUGCUACAGGACACUAGCGUUAGCAAACAACAUCGGACAAUGUCCGCCUUUGUGCUCGCCUCCAUUGUGCACAAUUUCCUGCUCGGCCAGACGAGUGCGCUCCAGGGGCCGUUGCUCUCCAUAUGCCUGGAGCAGCUGAACGAUGGCAGUUGGCUGUUGCGUCAAUGGUUGGCCAUUUGCCUGGGCAUGCUUUGGCAGAAUUUCGAGAAGGCACGUUGGUCCGGUGCCCGUGACUUGGCGCACGAGAAGCUCUACGUGCUGCUCCGUGAUCCGAUACCCGAAGUUCGAGCGGCUGCCGUCUUUGCCCUGGGCACAUUCAUCAGUUCCGUAACGGAUCGCAGCGAGGAGCAGGCGAAUAAUAUUGAUCGGAUCAUUGCCAUCACACUGCUGGAAACGGUCGGUGAGGAUAUGUCACCCCUCGUCCGUCUCGAACUGGCUGCGGCCUUGCAAUGGAUGGUGUUGCUCUUCGAGUCACAAUUCGUCACCGUGUACAUGUCGGAGCACAUGAACAGUCACACCUCAUCGCUAGUCUCCUGCGGCGGUGAGCGGUCCGCGAGCAUCACGCACGGCCUGCCGACGCCGCCCCAAUCCUCGAAUAGCCUGGAUCGUGCUCCGCAUGUCAGUAUGGGUUUUUCCAGUUUCAUUUUCAAUAUGAUCAGUGCCAGCGCUGUCAAUGUAUCCAUGGGUGGCAGUGGCGGUAGCAGUAAUACAACGAAUGCGAUACCCUUUCAGUACAUCUUCACCAAACUGUGGCAGGGCAUCUACAAUCUCGGUCAGGAUCCGUACCCUCAAGUGGCGGCAAAGGCACAGAAGAUCAUUGGACAUGUACGCGAUGCUGCGUUGUGCAUGAUAACCGCCAAGGAGGCAACAAAUGCAACAACCGCUGGCUGCACAGGUGGACGGGAUCGGGAUCGGGACACCGAACAGAAGCUCAACACCAGCAAUUUGGGCAGCUCGAGUGUUAGUCUGCCGCCCAGUCCGAAUACACGUUGUAAUUAUCUUGGCGCUGGUGGUGAAUCACCGCCAGUUGGCGGUACACAUGCACCGGCCACCGGUGGUGUGGGUGGUGCAGCUGGUGGUGGUGGUGGUGCUGGUUCAGCAGCUGGCUUUGCGCCCGCUUCGGCCAGUCGCUGGGCACUCAAAUUGCGGAUGUCCGGCGGUGGGGAUGCACAGCAGCGUAAAUUGCGCACCAGUUCUAUGAAUGAUGAGCCAGACGGUGGUGCUGGUGGUGCAACAGCUAUGCCAUCAACUGCUCCUGUGGCUGCUGCUGCUGCUGCGGCAGCUGCUUCAGCCACUGGCCAAGCCGAUGGUGGCGGCAAUCAUUCGGCGCGAAGUAGCGGCAGCGAAAACAAUCAUUAUACGGAUGCCGCCAACAGUGGCAAGUCAAUGCAAUUGCAACCGAUCUUCCAGACACAGUUCAUACCGUGGGCCAUCUCAUAUUUCACACGGCCGGGCAAGCACCGGUACAGCUGCGCCGAAGAUGGCAGCGAGGAGGAGGGCCAACAGCGUUGGCCCAUCGAUCGCCAUUCGACGGCGUUGCGCAUCCGUGAAUUUCGCUAUCUGCGCAAUAAGCAGGAUCGUUCUCAGGCGCUCAACGAAAAUCACAAGCAGCGCAUCCGGCUGGAUGCGUUCAGUUUUGUACGGAAAACCCAAUUUACGCCAUCGCUGGUGAAACUAUUGCCAUAUGAGCGCCAAAUCGCUGUCGCCUACAAGGAGAAGGUGCUCGUCUACGAUUUCGUGCGCAAUUCGGUGUUCAACUAUGUGACGGAGGCGCCACUGCCCGAACUGACCAGCAUCAGCAAGAACAAAAGUUGGCCGCAUUCACAGUCCUAUGCCCGUUUAGCAAGUGCCUCGCAAUUUGCGCGCGUCAGCAGCUUUGAGCUGUUGAAUGCCCAGGAUGUUGGCCUGAUGCUCGUUGCCCACGAUGAUGGCGUCAUACGUGUCUGGCAGUCGGCUGGCAGCUCCACAACUGGUACCGCAUCCGAAUCGCCAAUGAUGCCAGCGACGACGACAGCGACGCGAUUGAUUAGCGCCUGGGAUGCACUGCCUCGGCACAACUAUAGCGGCAACAAUUCCUAUCUGCAGCGCCUAAUAACGGAUGCCGGCGGCGUUAGUGGUGUCAGUGGCGUUAGCUGCUCCUCGAACACCAGCCUAACGGGCAUUGGUGGCGGUUCAACGGGUGCCGGCUUGGCGGGGGCAUCACUUCACUCCGCUGGCAUCAGUUCGCUGGCCAGCACAAAUAUUGUCACCGCCUGGCAGCAGUAUAGUCAGCAUUUGGUCGUUGGCAGCGAUUAUUAUCGCUAUCUACGCAUCUGGGAUGUGGAGCGAGAGUUGCGACUGAGCGAUCUGCAUCUGGGACGCAGCGAGACAACGGUGCGCGUCCUGUCGCCGUUUGAGGCAAACAUUCGCUGCGAUUUGAUCGUUGCCGGCUGCACGGACGGCAGUGUGCGUAUCUUCGAUAAACGGUGUCCACCGCAAUCGGCUCGUGUCCAUGUCUAUCUGGAGCAUUCGUCACCUAUUCUGCAUGCGUGCCUGCGUUCGGAGGGGUCAUCUCUCGUCACUGGCUGUACGGCUGGCAAGGUGCGCGUCAUUGAUAUACGUGCCAGUCGCACUGGCGCUGAUGGCGGCGGCAUCUUACAUCAGUGGGACGCCGGUGCAGAUAUUACAGCGAUGGCAUGCCAUCAGCAGGCGGAUGCCGUUGCCUGUGGCAAUGCAUCGAAAAUAAGCAUCUAUUCGCUAAAUGGAUGCACACAGAGCAUCCUGCGCAACAACGAGGGAUUUAUGGGCUCGAAAAUUGGAUAUCCCACAUGCCUGUCAUUUCAUCCCUAUAAGGUGCAACUGGCUGUGGGCUUUGUGGACAAUACGGUUGCUGUCUACAGCCCAACAUCAGUUUUAUAAACUCUGCAAUCGCUGGAAAACGGACGUCGAUAAGAAUCCUGAAACAAUGUUUA